AUGACUGGUGGAAACGGCCUUAAAAGCUACACCAAAAACUCAUCAUACCAGAGAGGUGUUAUUGAUGCAGCCAAAUCACACAUUCAAGGUGCCAUUGCUAAGAAGCUUCAACCAGAAAACUUAGAGACAUUUUCGGUUGCUGAUUUAGGUUGUUCAGUUGGACCUAACACUUUCUUUGCUGUUCAAAACAUUCUUGAAUCUGUUAAACUCAAGUACAAAACCCAUGAACCCAAUUCCAAAAUCCCAGAAUUUCAAGUUUUCUUCAAUGACCAUUCAAUGAAUGAUUUCAAUACCCUCUUCAAGUGUCUCCCACCCAAUAGGGAAUAUUAUGCUUCAGGUGUUCCAGGAUCCUUCUAUUCUCGCUUGUUUCUACGAGGAUCUCUCCACUUUGUGCACUCUUCGUAUUCUCUCCACUGGCUAUCUCAAGUGCCCAAAGAGGUUACAAAUAGAAAGUCACUUGCUUGGAACAAUGGGAGAAUUUAUCACAUUCAUGCUAGAGAAGAAGUAACUAAGGCAUACUCAAUGCAGCAUGCCAUGGAUAUGACCAACUUUCUGAGUGCAAGAGCUGAAGAGGUAGUACCCGGUGGCCUUGUUGCCAUUGUUGUCCCGGCUCGCCCAAACGGAACCCCUCAUGCUCAAGUCAUUUUUAACAUGAUGUUUGAUCUCUUGGGAUCUUCUCUCAUGGAACUCUCCAAAAAGGGACUUAUUGAUGAAGAGAGGGUGGAUUCAUUUAACAUACCAGCUUACUGCACAUGUCCUCAAGAACUAGAAGCAGUAAUACAGAAAAAUGGAUGUUUUAGCAUAGAAAGAAUGAAGAGUUUGUCCACGGUGAUAGCACCGGACACUCGCCAUAGGCCACAAGAUGUGUCAUUGAGCAUUCGAGCUAUUACUGAGGAACUAAUCAGGGAACAAUUUGGAGCUGAGAUUUUAGAUGAACUUUUCCACCUCUUCACAAACAAAGUUGGGGAGGCACAUCAGGAUAUAGCGUCAGGAAUAGCUCUCAACUUGUUUUUGUUGCUUAAACGCAAUUGA